AUUAAGCCGCGGCAUCCUGCCCACACUCCACUGCUCUUCAUCAAAUUCCUUUGGGCGGCAACACUGCUUACCUCGUCUGUGCGAUAUGUCCGAGUUGAAAGAGAUCACCAGCGUAUCGGACUGGGAGCAGCAUGUUUCGACGCUGCCGUCGUCCACUCUGCUGAUCGUUUCCUUCCAUGCCCCAUGGGCGGCACCGUGCAAGCAGAUGGAAAAUGUCCUCCAGACUCUCGCCGCCGAAUACCCCGUAACCCAACCGCUGUCGACUUCGUGGGUGAAGAUCAACGCUGAGGAGUUGUCGGACAUCAGCGAGGCUUACAACGUGACGGCUGUUCCCUUCCUCGUCCUUAUCAGGAACGGAGAGGUGCUGGAAACGGUCAGCGGGAGCAGCGCCGCGAGGGUGCGGAAUGCGAUCGAAAGACACGCGAGCAAAACCGCGGCGGCAGGCACUGCCAGCAACGGUCCGGCAGCCGGCAUCGACAACAACGGUGGGGAGGUCGCGACGGAAGAAGACCCAGAGAAAAAGAAGCAGGAGCUCUUCAAGCGUCUCGGUGAACUGGUCAAGGCUGCGCCUGUUAUGUUAUUCAUGAAGGGGACACCGAGCGAGCCAAAGUGCGGUUUCUCUCGACAGAUGGUGGGCAUCCUGCGCGACAACUCUGUCAAGUACGGCUUCUUCAAUAUCUUGGCCGACGACGAAGUACGGCAAGGGUUGAAGGAGUUCGCUGAUUGGCCGACCUACCCGCAACUCUGGGUGGAGGGGGAACUGGUUGGCGGUCUUGAUAUUGUCAAAGAGGAAUUGGAGAACAACGCCGACUUUCUGAAACCAUAUAGCGUCAAAACGAACGGCGAUACCGCGGCUGCGGCGUCUUGAACCCUGGUUGAUGGAAGAUAGCCGCCGCCGCCGUCAUUGUCGGGGAACCCGGUCACUGUCUUGCGAGAUGCUGCGGACUGUCGAAGGCACUGUCUUCGAGAGGCGGGAUUGCCGUGUGAAAUCCAUGACCCCGCGCGCAGCAAUUCGGUGCCCUCUCCGUAUGACUCACAUCGAACUGCUGUUGGAGAGCUUAAUAAGCAAGAGUGCAAUCCUCCGCUAUCUCCGCACUCGCUCAACGCCUGGUUUGCUUUGUUGAGGAGGUGGCCGUCCUCCGGGGAUAACCGCGGUUGACGAAGCCGGGAUUCGAGGAAUAAACUGGGACGUUUGCUACUCAGCUAAUCCUCAAGUGCACCCAUCUCUAUGUUCUGCUCUGUGCUCCAAACAAAGUGAUUGUAUUUAUCUCGAAUUUAGGCCAGGUUCUCGUGGGG